AUGGCGCUUCCCAAGGGCAUGCGCUUUUUGGCGGGCGCCACCUUCUGCAUCUUCAUCUACAUGUUUGUGCAGAUGAUGAAGAGUCCAGGUUCUGAAGGUUCACUCAAGGUUCCGAGUAAGAGCCCGGCUGAUGCUGGGCGCAAAACUUGGGGAGAUUGGGAUCAUGAUCCACAACUAGACCGUAUGUAUUACCCUUGGCUUUCACAUUCAGAAAUCGCACAAGGCAGAGAGUGUAGGGUGAAAGAGACUGAUGACGACGCACCUAUAGCAUCUGGUGAACCACCGGAACCCUUACGCAGAGUCGACGGCGAUAAUUACGCCCCAGGCAACCCCAACAGCGCUCGUAUAAACGCGACCAUACUCUCUCUAGUCCGCAAUGAAGAACUCAAAGAUCUGCUGCAGAGCAUGCACGACCUCGAACGCACAUGGAACCACAAGUUCAAUUACCCGUGGACCUUCUUCAACGACAAGCCCUUCACCAAGGAGUUCAAGGAGAAGACUCGCGCUGCCACAAACGCAGAAGUACGCUACGAGCUUGUUCCUCCUGAGCACUGGGAAAUACCAUCAUGGAUAAACAUGGACCUAUACAGCGAGUCUGUUGCACUCUUCGGGAAAAAGGUGCAAUACAUGGGCAUGAAGUCGUAUCAUCAAAUGUGCCGUUGGAACAGCGGCAUGUUCAGCCAACAUCCUGCUCUCAAAGACAUACAGUACUACUGGCGUGUGGAGCCCAACGUCCACUUCUUCUGUGACGUCGACUACGAUGUCUUCGCAUGGAUGCAAGACCACAACAAAACCUACGGCUUCAACAUCAACCUCUACGACAGCCCUGAAAGCGUUAUCACGCUUUGGCCCGAAACCAAGAAAUUUAUCGAAGACAACCCCGGUUAUGUCCACCCCAACAAUGCGCGUGAAUGGCUCGAAGAUGACAAGCGACGGCCUGAGAACGCGGAAAAGGCACGUGGGUACUCUACAUGCCAUUUCUGGUCGAAUUUUGAAAUUGGUGAUUUAAACUUUUGGAGGAGCAAAAAAUAUCGUGAUUUCUUCGACCACCUCGACCGAGCGGGCGGCUUCUUCUACGAGAGAUGGGGUGAUGCGCCGGUACACAGUGUGGCGUUGGGUCUGUUUGAGGACAAAAGCAAGAUUCAUUGGUUUAGAGAUAUCGGAUACCAGCAUAUCCCAUUCUUUAACUGCCCGAACAGUCCGAAGUGCUCGGGCUGUGUGGCAGGGCGGUUUACCGAUGGCGAGAAGUGGUUGAACAAGGAUGACUGUCGUCCUUUGUGGUUCAAGUACGUUGGUAUGGACUAA